AUGCAGGCCACCGGGGCAGUGGCUGCAUGCGGGCUUUUUGAGCAUUUUCAACACCUCCAUCCUCUUAAGUUCGCGGGUGCCCAUAGACCCGAGGAGGCUGAGUAUUGGUUGGACCGAAUAUCCAAGAUGAUAAGGACAUUAUACUACUCUAAGGCAGAACAAGUCAAGCUUGUUACAUACAUGUUCAAGAAGGAUGCCAGCUUAUGGUGGGACAGUGUCCUACGAACUGUUCCUGCAGGGUUUGUGUGGACGUGGGACGGGUUCAAGGCAUAUUUCCACGAGAAAUACUUCCCCCUCACCUAUCACAAUGAAAAAGAUGGUGAAUUCCUCUACCUCAAGCAGGGGGGAAUGAUAGUGGUGGAAUAUGAGAACUGCUUCACAGAGCUAGCUAGAUAUGCUCUCUUGAUUUUGGCUAAUGAGCCUAUGAGAAUGCGGCGAUUCUCAGAAGCGUUGUUAGCUGACAUCCGCACCAAGAUGUUUAGUGCUAGCAUCCACACGUAUGUUGAAUUGGUGAACAUGUCCCUGCGAGCUAAGCAGGAUGGUACGGAUGAUGUUGAUGCAUUGGAGCGGGGCUUCUUGGAUGAGGAGGUGGAAUUCUCCUACUUCCAGCUCUAG